CCCCGCGCCCCGCAAUGCCGCCCUAGGGGCUGGCGGCACCGGCACCGGCGGGCUGCGGCGCUCCGGGGCCAUGUCGGGUGACGACGGCGGCAUGUCGAGUCGCGACAGCGUGCAGAUCCCCGACGACCGGGACUUCGGGGCGUUCCGGGCGCAGUGCGAGUCGGAGCAGGGCUGGAGCCUCACCUACAGCAAGGGCGGGGUGGGCGUCUGGGUGCAGCUGCUGGAGCCCGAGCGCGCCCUCCACAAGAUCAAGUGCAGGAUGGAGUGCAGGGACGUGCCGGCGGAGACGCUCUACGACGUGCUCCAUGACAUCGAGUACCGCAAGAAGUGGGACACCAACGUCAUCGAGACCUUCGACAUCGGGAGGCUGACGGCCAACUCCGAUGUGGGAUACUACGCCUGGAGGUGUCCCAAGCCCCUGAAGAACCGCGACGUGGUCACACUCCGCUCCUGGCUGCCCAUAGGCUCUGACUACAUCAUCAUGAACUACUCUGUCAAGCAUCCCAAGUAUCCCCCCCGCAAGGACAUGGUGCGGGCUGUCUCCAUCCAGACAGGCUACCUGAUCGAGGGCACGGGAGCCAAGAGCUGCACCAUCACCUACCUGGCACAGGUGGACCCCAAAGGUUCCUUACCGAAGUGGGUGGUGAAUAAAUCCUCCCAGUUCCUGGCCCCCAAGGCGAUGAAGAAGAUGUACAAGGCAUGCCUCAAGUACCCUGAGUGGAAGCAGAAGCAUGACCCUCACUUCAAGCCCUGGCUGUUCCCGGAGCAGAGCCGGCUCCCGGCCCUGGCCCUGUCCGAGCUGUCCCUGCAGCACGCGGAUUCCCUGGAAAACAUCGACGAGAGCUCCCUGGCCGAGAGCAAGGAGGACCGUGGCGAGGGCAGCGACGAGGACAGCCUGACCUGAUUCCCCUGGGAGCUCCUCUCCUCGUUCCCCUGGCUAGGACAGCCUGACAUGACCCCCACCCUGGGGGCUCCUCUCCCUAUCCCCCCACUUCCAACAUGGUUUGUGUCUCUAUCUCACACACCUGUACACAUGCACCCCCACUUUGGGUUUCAGGGGGACCCCCCUCAUUGGUGUACCCCUGUCUGGGGACAGCAGGGACAUAGUGGGUCCCCCAGGGUGAGAAGUUGGGGGUUGUCUGGUCGCUGAGCCCUUGUGGGACACGGGAGUUGUCCCUAUAGGUGGCAAACCCAAAGUGACCUUCAGCUUUUGGGGGGGGCAGAGGAAAAGGGGGGGCCCUGUGCCUGCUCCUCAGUCUUGGAGACCCUUCCACUGCACUCCCCCUCUGCCCCCCCAUUCCUGCUCCCCAUCUCUCUAUUAUGGUCCAACAGAAUUGCCUUCAUCCCAUGGGAUCCCCACCCCCAGCAGACAAGUACCAGGAGGUGCUUGGGCACCUGCCUGCACCUCUGGGUGUGCAGAGGGGUUUGGGGGGCUUCUGGCACCUCCUGGCAUGCUGGGAAGGAGGGCCUUUGGGGUUUUUUGGCAUCUCCAAGCAUGUAGAGGGGAAGCUUCUAGGCUCCUGGCACCUCCAGCAUGUUGGAGGGGAUGUUGGGGUCUUACCUUCAGGCAUGUGGGAGGAGUUGAGGGGCUCAUGGCACCUCCAGAUGUGUUGUGGUGGGCAUUUUGGGGGCUCCUGGGAUCUCCAUUCAUGUUGAGGGAGGGUCUUAUGGAGUCUCAGCAUCUUCAGGUUUGUGUGGGGGAGGUUUUGGGGUAAGUUCACACCUCCAGGUGUGCCCAGUAUCUCUAGGGGCUCCCAGCAUCUUCAGGCACGUUGAAAGGACUUGGGGGGGCUCCUGGCACCUCCUGGUGUUCUGUGGGUCUCUGAAGGCUCCUGUCCUGUCCCCUGCCUUUCUAGGAUGGGGACCCUUUCCAAGCUGGGUGCCUGGACCCUUCCUCCACUGGAAUUUGAGGCCUUGACUGGGGGUUUGGGAGCUGGUCUUUGGCCAUGCUCCUGCCCCCUCCUUUUCUGGGGGUGCACAGGGACAUGGGAGAUUUUGUACCUUGUACCAGAGUUGAUUAUUUAGGAAUAAAAUAAUUGAAUCUGGCAUGGGAGGGACUCGGCCUCUGUCCCACCUUGGUCCUUUGGUAGCCAUCCCUGUCCCCACAGUGCACUCAGACAGGGGGGUCCCUGCUCAUGGUGGUUGCUGGGGGGACCCUCAGGGGUUGUGGGACCCUCACCUCCAGGGGGGCUCUGGGUGAUGGUGAUGCCACCAGAGGGUGGCAGAGAAACCCCUAAAAUGAAUUUACACUGGGCACUGAUUAGGCAUGAGGCCACACACUCCUUGUAGCUGGUUUUCCCACAGCCCCAGCCAAGCCAGUACCAGCAGUACAUUUCCCCCAAAACCUCUGGGAGAGGAGACGUGGGGGGCUGAACUUUGGGGGCACUCCAGGGGGAUACAUCCUGGCUUCUCCAGGAGGAGAAUACUGGGGAACAGAGCUGGCACUGCCUGGAUCGUGGAGUCCUGGGACUCUUGUCUCCUCCUGGGGUGCACCCAGGGACAAAGCUGCUUGUGCACCCCAUCUCUGCCCUCCCAGUGCUGUGGCACCCCAACACCUCAGCAGGCCCCCACCCUUCUGUGUGCCCCAGCAGGGUCUUGGUGAGUGGCAUUGUCCAGCACGUGCCAUCCUCUGUGCCUGUGUCUCUGUCACCUGUGGGGCUGGGGUGGGCACUAGGGACUUGCUUCCCAUUUCUCCUGUUAAUUUCCACCUCCUCCCACCCUCCUGCACUGCUCCCAAUUAAAAAUAGAACCCAAUUAAAAAGGAACCUGGCCACCA